AUGAUCUCCGCCGUCGCAGCCUAUCCCCUCCUCUCACCUCCCUUCGCAGCAGCGGCCCCUCCCUCGUCCACGACUAACUGGGCUCCCGAACCAAACGGUCGCGGCACCUUUGGCCUGAUCUGCUCCUGCGUGCUCACCCUCACGAUAUGCGUCUGGACGGCCCUCCACCUCAACGUCCCCGCCGCGCGCUCCACCCUUCGGAGCCGGUCGUUGGAGCGGACAAAGUGGGUCCUCUACGGCAUCUUCGCGCCGGAGCUCGUGGUCGCCACGGCGGCGGCUCAGUAUAUUGUGGCAAGAUGGCUCAAGAAAGAGAUUGAAAAGGAUGCUGCGGAUCGGAAAGGGAGUACAGGUGCAGAUGGAACACCUGCCGAUAGGGAGGAGACGAGGACGUUUUCGAGGCAUACGUGGGACAUGACGCAGUGUUUUUACGCCGUGAUGGGAGGGUUCGUCGUCAAUAUGCCUUCUGCCGAGGUCGAGACGGUGCUCAGGAGAGUAACGGUCACGCCGGAGGGUAUCAGGCUCUUAUCCUUCGUCGGAAAGCUGCCGCAGAUUCACGAGUCGCAGAUCCAGGAUAAGAGCAAGGCGGACUGGAUGGCCAAGUCGCUGGUGUGCAUACAGGCCGGCUGGAUGGUCGCCCAAGUCAUCGGCCGCCUCAUGAAGAAAAUGCCCGUCUCGCUACUCGAGAUCAACACCUGCGGACACGUUGCUUGUGCUGCUAUGCUUUAUUUGCUAUGGUGGAGCAAGCCCCUGGAUGUGCUCGAUCCCACUGUCCUGGACGAGGGGAACGAGGAUGCCAUGGCGUUGAUGAUGUUCUGCUCGUCGAUGAGCGCUGUUAACGGCGUAACUGAGAUCCGGUGCUUCAUGUACAUACCGCCCGAAGACGUGGGCACGGAAGGGGCCAGAAAGGAGAACAAGGACAAGAUUCUCAUCACGACCCACCUGUCCAUCGGCUCACCUGGCACCAGGGAGCCCUCUAGGUUUCUCGGCUUCGACGUCAGUAACCUUCGUCCCUUCUCGUCGCCUGUGGACGUCGACAUUCAGUGGAAAAGAGUAUCCCGAACCGCAUACAUGUACCACAUCGACCAGGCGAAACCGACGGUGUCCCCGGAAUGCCAGCAGAUAUACUUCGCUUCACCUUAUACUCAGCUCAAUCUCCGGCAUGGUACGAUCUAUUGUCGAAGACUCUUUGCAGAUGUACAGAGACACGAGAAACCUCACAUGCCCGUCAACCCAGGACGAUUGGCACAAGCUGCGUCAGCCGCAGAUUCUCUCUGGGCAGAAUGCAUUUCCCGGCCGACGUAUGCUCAAUUCUACUUCACCUCCGUGCCGACCGUUGGCGUGUUUCUCGGCGAGACGGAUUACCUCGUCCCUUACAUAGUCAACUUCCCGUCCAUGUCGAACCUCGGGCUAGGCCAAGUCAACAUCCACCGCGACGUCCUGCGGUCGGUCCUCGCUCUGACGGCAGCAGCGUACGGCGGGCUUCACCUUGCGGGCUGGCUCGACCACUUUCCGACGACGAUUGAGCGGACUCUCUGGCUGGCUGCGUCUUUGGUGAUUACAUCCUCGGGCGUGGUGCUGUGGAUCUUCUUCCUCGCUCGACAGGUUUGGCCGCGGUUUGAUAUGUUCAUUUCUGGUGCGGCGCCGGGGGCGCAACUGGCAGGAGCGACGUACCAAAAACCGUGGAUGAAGACAGCAAAGUCGUUUGUUCUUUGUUUUGUCCUGUUGCUGUUUGUUGUGGCGAGGGUUUUCUUGGUCAUUGAGGCGUUCAUCAAUCUGCGCGAGGCUCCUGCGUCGUUGUAUGAGACCCCGGAGUGGUCUGAUUUCUUUCCGCAUUUCUAG